CCUCAGAACAGUUUUCCUGGCCGCCAACUAUUUUUUUUUUCUUUUCCGAUCUUGAAAUCUGGGAUUUCUACAACACCUCCUCCGACACCACCACGUCCACCGUCGUUGACGACCCCAUCUCCACUCAAUUUGUCUCUGUCGAGAUCUGUCCAUUGACGGAUCCUUUGCUUGGACCUUUUUCUUUACUUCUUUCACACACACACAACCGUCAUCAUGGCUCCGAAAGCUGAUACCCUGCCGGUCGUCUCCCCCACCGGCCUGGCCCUCUACUCAAGAUUCGCCCUCGCCGGUGCCGUCUGCUGUUCCGUCACCCACGGUGCCCUGACCCCCGUCGAUGUCGUCAAGACGAGGAUCCAGCUCGACCCCGCCACCUACAACAGGGGCAUGAUCGGCGGCUUCAAGCAGGUCAUCAAGAACGAGGGCGCCGGCGCGCUGCUGACGGGCAUCGGCCCCACCUUUGCCGGCUACUUCAUGCAGGGCGCCUUCAAGUUCGGCGGCUACGAGUUCUUCAAGCAGCAGUGGAUCAACACCGUCGGCCUCGACAACGCCUCGGCCUACCGCACCCCGAUCUACAUGGCCUCGUCCGCCUCGGCCGAGUUCUUCGCCGACAUCGCCCUCUGCCCCCUCGAGGCCACCCGCAUCCGCCUCGUCUCGGAGCCCACCUUUGCCAACGGUCUGGUCGGCGGCUUCACCAAGAUUGUGCGCACCGAGGGCUUCGGCGCGCUCUACGCCGGAUUCGGACCCAUCCUGUUCAAGCAGGUUCCCUACACCGUCGCCAAGUUCGUCGUCUACGAGAAGGUCGCCGAGGCCGUCUUCCGUACCUACCCCAAAGAGUCCCUCUCGGACGGCCUCCAGACGGCCGCCAACCUGGGCUCCGGUCUGGUCGCCGGUUUCGCCGCCGCCAUCAUCUCGCAGCCCGCCGACACCAUGCUGAGCAAGAUCAACAAGACCAAGGGCCUGCCCGGUGAGGGCACCACCAGCCGCCUGAUCAAGAUCAGCAAGGAGCUCGGCGUCAAGGGCUCCUUCGCCGGCCUCCCCGCCCGUCUGUUCAUGGUCGGCACCCUGACCGCCUUCCAGUUCGCCAUCUACGGCGACCUGAAGAAGGCCCUCGGCGCCACGGGCGGUGUCGAGAUUGCGAAGUAAAUAGCAGCGAGCAACGCGUUGCGCGCUUCCCCGGCCCAAGGACGGCCGAGGGAGGGGACCCAUAAUGAAGCUGGAGUGGGGAAAAAAUAGACAGGGAAGGAUUUGGGACUGGGAAGGAUGGGUUCGGGCUCCGUCUUGCUCUUGCCUGCCUACGCAUUUAGACCUGGUCUCGACAUUCUGCGCCGGAGUGGCCUUGGACCCCCGCUGUUGGUGUUGUUUUUGUUUUGUCUGUUCUUGAACUACCCGCAUUUCUUUUUCUCAAACUCUACGUAUCUUUUUUCUCUCUCUCUCUCUCGUCUAUGGGUGGUGGCGCGGUGUUCCUCGUUCUUUGUUUGCAAUCUUCCAACUCAUAGAAUGCCGUCGACGAAAUCUCUGCAUUUUCUUUGCCGCUGCUAUCCUAGACAUUUGUGGCGCAAACUUUGUUGCUGGGGAAGGGGAAUAUACUACUUACACCAAAGACGGAAAGAAGAUAGAGGAAUCAUGGGGUCUGCCUGCCCUUUGGGGAAAGGGGUUGUACAACAGUCUAGAUAAUCUUUAUGUGUUGCUUGGCAGCGUAAAGAAGUUGGUUGAGAGAGUGGUUUGUUCGAUGCUGGUUGAAGUGCCGAGUCUGAUGGUGGCGAUUACGGAGGCGAGUGAUAUAAUAAGACGG